UUCCAGGUGGGGAAAUUUUUGAACAGCCAGGAAUACCAGCAAAAAAUCAUCCCCGUCAUUGUGAAGAUGUUCUCUUCCCCGGAUCGGGCCAUGAGGAUCCGUUUGCUGCAACAGAUGGAGCACUUCAUUCAGUACCUGAAUGAGCCCACGGUCAACACCCAGAUCUUCCCCCACGUGGUCCACGGCUUCCUGGACACCAAUCCAGCCAUUCGGGAGCAGACGGUGAAGUCCAUGCUGCUCCUGGCUCCCAAGCUGAACGAGGCCAACCUGAACGUGGAAGUCAUGAAGCACUUUGCUCGCCUCCAGGCCCGGGACGACCAAGGCCCCAUUCGUUGCAACACCACCGUGUGCCUGGGCAAGAUUGGGCCAUACCUCAGUGCCAGCACGAGGCAGAAUGUACUGAUCUCGGCCUUCAGCCGGGCCACCAAAGACCCCUUUGCCCCCUCGCGGGCCGCUGGAGUCCUGGGCUUCGCCGCCACCCACAAUUUCUUCUCCAUGAAAGAGUGCGCCUUCAAAAUCCUGCCGGUGCUCUGCACCUUGACGGUGGACCCCGAAAAAACAGUCCGGGACCAGGCCUUCAAAGCCAUCCGCAGCUUCAUGACUAAAUUGGAGACGGUCUCAGAAGAUCCGGGUCAGCUCUCAGAGCUGGAAAAAGAUGUCCAGGCCGCUUCCAUCAGUCCCGGGGUGGGCUCAGCCGCAAGUUGGGCUGGCUGGGCUGUGACGGGGGUCUCGUCUCUGACGUCAAAGCUGAUCCGGGCAAACGCUGGAACGACACCGGGAGCAGAACCGGUGGCUGAGGACGCCCCCAUCAAGAAGCUGGCGGAGCCCCCCAAAUCAGGCACCAACCCCCCUCCUGCUUCCCAGGGAGCCGCUCCCAGUCCCUCCAGUGGGUGGGAGGUGGAAGAGGAGGUGGGGGAAGAGGAGAGUGCCCCCGACCAGUGGGAUGAUGAAGACUGGAGCAGCUUGGAGCAAGAAACAGAGCAAACAAAGAGGCAGCCCAGCCCAGAUGACUGGAACAGCUCCAGCUGGUCGGAACCAGCUGAGAAUCUCGGCGGUAGGACAGUUCCCACCACAGCCUCCGACAGGCAGGACUCGGACUGGAGCAGCUCCGCCUGGGAUCUGGAGCCGACCUGGAGCCCCAAAAAGGGGGCGGCUUCCCCCAUGGAUCCGCUGCCUUCCAGCCUCGGCACCAAAGCAGCUGCAGCCCACCAAGACAUCAAACCGGCGAGUGAAUAUAACUGGGGCAGCAUCGGCUCCGGGGACAAAUCCGAUCUGUUUUCCUGCCUGCCUGAGAAGCCAACGUCGGAGAGGCAGAAAAACGCCGAUGCCUUGCGUGAGUGGACCUUUGAGGAAAACUGGGCCACACCGGACUCCGAUCCAGGUCCCAGCAAGACGGAUCUGGCACGGAAGAAAAGAGAAGAGAGGCGCCAGGAAAUAGAAGCCCGACGAGCCGAGAAAAAAGCCGCCAAGGGACCUAUGAAGUUGGGGGUCAGGAAAUUGGACUGACACUCUGCCCCACGCCGUGUUCUUUUUUCCCUCCUUCUUCUUCUUCUUCUUUUCACGUUAGGACAGCUCGAUGCCUUCCAAGAGACUGCAAGGAGGCGGCGAAGCGUCUUACAACUCUGGCUCCCCAACCCAGUUUUGAAAGGUGGGGGGGCUCCCUCCCUCCGGUCUCGCUCUGACGUGGCGACUGCCACCCGCGUGGACCAGGUCUACCUGCGUCCCACCUUCCUUGGCAACCUGGGGGCCGAUUUCUCUGGUUUCAAGAUGGACUUCCGGAAGGCUUGGGUGGGGGGUGGGGAGAGGGUUUGGAUUCCGUGGUCUCUUUUGUCUGUGUGCAAAGAAAACGAGACUUGCACAGAGGUGAAGUACCAGGCGGACGUGUGCGUGUGAGUGCAUGUGGCUGUGCGUGCGCAGGUGAUAAUCCAUGCCUGUUUCAUCAGCUGACAGGGAAGCAGAGAAAUAAAUUAUGAAUGAAAAGCUGCAAAGAUUCCCACAAUCCCUGGCCCAUCUCUCUCUCUCUCUCUCUCUCUCUGUAUCUCUCUCUCUCUCUCUCUUUUUCUCUAUUUUUCACUGUCUUUUUGUCUCACUCUGUCUCUCUUUGUGUAUGUAUCUGU